AUGAGCAGAAAUUUAGAAAUAUUGGACGACAGUGCAGAAUUGGUCGAUCUGAGCGAAUUAGAAACACCGGAAAUCUCAGAUACUUCAAUUCCAAAGUCAGCAGCAUCAAUGCAUCCUUCUACAACAGCUUUUCCAAAUUCGGAAAAGAUUGAAUCAUUAGCUGAAGAGAUAAUUUUGUCUACACUUUGUGGAGCUAUUUCAAAAUUAAAACACAACAACUUGGAAAAUUCAACAUCAGAAGCUUCAGAAUCCUUUACAUCUUCCUUUUCGUCAUCAACGCUUGAAGAUGAAGUAAACAAAUUACAAGAUAUUUCUACUACAUCUAACACUAUAUUUCGAAAUGAAAACGAUAUGAUUGAUGAUCCACUCAGUUCAGAAGUCGAUGAAAGUUUAGAAUUACCAAUGAGUAAAAAGAGCGAGGAAAAUGAAUCACAAAUAUCAGUUAUCGAUUCGUCAUAUCUGAAUGAGGAAGAAAGUAUUGCUUUUUGUCAAAAAACACUUAUUUGCGAGGAAAAAUUGAAAUGGCGUGAAUUAAUAUGUCAUCGACAACUUGCAUAUUCAAAUUUCAUUCUCGGUUAA